AAGAGUAAAAGUGGCAUUUAAAAACCCCCUCCCCAUCAAUUCCUCUUUCCUUCUCCAUUACCAUUUUCCACAUUUCCACCAUUGAUCUUCCCCCUUCUCCGCCGCGCUCCGCCGUACUCGCCUCCUUACACCACCGUUUCCCCGCCGUGAACAAUUCCAAAACCACCACCCUUUUCUCUUUCGCACAUACAAAAAAACAAUAAACAUACAUUCUCUCUCUCUAUCUCUCUCUUUUUUGUUUCAAAGUCUACUUCAAUGGCGUAAAUGGAAAUGACUAUUCUGCCACUAUCUUGAUUCCCUACCUUGCCUACAACUCUAUUUAAAUUGUUUUAUAUAAAACCAUAAGGACUCAAUUUUUUACUACAAAAUUUGUUUAUUUUCUUUAUUUCUUUUCUCUAACUUCAAGAAUAUUCCCUUAGUUCUAAACCUCUUUCAAGUCCUUCUCCACAACCCCACAUCCAUUUUCCUACACUUACAUGUUUAUACACAAAAUCCUCUGUAUAGAUGCAUGUAAUAAGUACUAAGUGGGUGUCGUGUAUUUUCUUGUAAAUUUUCAAAAAUGCGGAUUGAUCUUUAGUAUUAGUUGAAUUGAAAAAAAUUAAUAAUUGGGGCCGUGGGAUCAAAAUGCGUGUAAAGGAAAUGCAUCCACUUUGCUGUAUAACAUUAGAGAGUACAUCGGAGAUCGGAGACCAGUCGCCGGAGCCGACGUUAUUACGGACUGGCUCCGCCGUAGUUUACUCCAAUAUUAAUGGAUCUGACAUCAUUAAUGCAUCCGAUGUUGCCGGAAUCUUGUACAAGUGGACUAAUUACCAUAAAGGUUGGAGAUCCCGUUGGUUUACUCUUCGAAACGGCAUACUUUCAUAUUCGAAGAAUCGCCGCCCCGACCAUAUCACCGGUGAUGACGUCAGACUCAUCGGUAACCUCCCCGCCGGUAACAACAGCCGCCGUAAAUGUAGAAAAUCCGUCGGCAUUGUUCACCUCAAGGUUUCAUCAUUCCGUGAGAGCAAGUCUGAUGAUAGGCGAUUCUACAUAUUUACAUCUACCAAGACUCUUCAUUUGAGAACAAAUUCAAAGAAAGAACGGGCUGCCUGGAUAGAAGCUCUGAUAUCAACAAGAAAUCUUUUUCAGUUGAGACCUUUAAAUGAUAAUUUCAGCCUUUUGCAAAAUGAUGUAUCUAUAUCUACUGAAAGGUUGAAAAAACGGUUGCUUGACGAGGGUAUUGGCGAGGGACUUGUCAAUGACUGUGAGCAGAUCAUGCUGUCCGAGUUUUCAGAAAUAAAAGGACAACUUAAAAGUCUUUGUGACGAGCGCUCCAAUUUGCUGGACACAUUAAGUCAGUUGGAGGCAGCUAAUAUCGAAGCUGAAGCUUCCGGGGUUCAUGAUGGUGAAUUCCAACUGAUGAAGCAACUCUCCAGUAUAGGGCGUGGCAAGUACAGCGAAUGGAGUACGACUGAAUCGUCCGAUGAUAUUGAGAAACAAGAGCUUGAUGAAGCGUCAGAUGAAGAGGAAGCCAAUUAUCUUGACGCAAAUGAAUGUUUCUCUGAACUUCAUUUAUCUGGUGGGUCAGUAGUUGUGGACCACAUGGCAAGCAAUUCCAUUGAUGCAUCUGCACAAGUUACACGCAGAACGAAGCUGCCGGAUCCAAUUGAAAAAGAGAAAGGGGUUAGUCUUUGGUCUAUGAUCAAAGACAAUGUCGGGAAAGAUCUGACACGAGUUUGCCUGCCAGUGUAUUUCAAUGAGCCAUUGUCGUCCCUGCAAAAGUGCUUCGAAGAUUUAGAGUACUCAUAUCUCUUAGAUAGAGCAUACGAACAUGGAAAAUCGGGGAACAGCCUUUUAAGAAUUCUAAAUGUUGCUGCUUUUGCUGUCUCUGGUUAUGCUUCAACCGAAGGCCGGAACUGUAAACCUUUCAAUCCUUUGCUUGGAGAAACUUAUGAAGCUGAUUUUCCUGAGAAAGGAAUCCGCUUUUUUUCUGAGAAGGUUAGUCACCACCCAACACUUAUUGCCUGUCACUGUGAAGGUAGAGGAUGGAAAUUCUGGGCUGACAGUAAUCUUAAGUCAAAAUUUUGGGGAAGAUCAAUUCAACUUGAUCCUGUUGGAACACUUACCUUAGAAUUCGACGAUGGGGAGAUCUUCCGGUGGAGCAAGGUCACGACAAGUAUCUACAAUCUUAUCCUUGGUAAGAUAUACUGUGAUCAUCAUGGAAUAAUGCAUAUACGUGGCAAUCGCCAGUACUCAUGCAAGCUCAAGUUCAAAGAGCCAUCCAUUAUCGAGCGUAAUCCUCAUCAGGUUCAUGGAUUUGUUGAAGAUGUCUCCGGGAAGAAAGUUGCCACAUUAUUCGGAAAGUGGAAUGAGAGCAUGUACUAUAUGAAUGGAGAAUGGACCAGCAAGCCUAAGGAUUCAUCUGAUUCAUCUUUAUUGUGGACAAGGAAUAAGCCACCCCUAAAUCUAACUCGAUACAACUUGUCUUCUUUUGCAAUUACACUGAAUGAGUUAACACCAGGACUUAAGGAGAAGCUCCCACCUACAGAUUCAAGACUCAGACCUGAUCAGCGACAUCUGGAAAAUGGGGAAUACGACAAGGCAAAUUCGGAGAAGUUGCGGUUAGAAACACGACAGAGAAUGUCCAGGAAAUUACAAGAGAAUGGUUGGAGACCGCGAUGGUUUCAAAGAGAAGGUGAAGAUGGGACUUUCCGGUAUACCGGUGGUUACUGGGAGGCGAGGGAGACGGGUACUUGGGAUGGCUGCCCAAAUAUUUUUGGUGAGAUUGAUCAAGAGCUCCUCACCUCCUUUGAAGGAUCCUGAUGUUUUAGAAGGGACCUGAAGAUUUGUAGAUUUGCUGAUUAAAGACAAAACCCUUGAGCAGAGUAUUAUGGAGAAUUCUGUAGGACAGGAAUGGAGUAUGCAGGCAGUCCGCGCCAGCCCAAAUUUUUUAGUUGUUUAAAGAUAGUUCUCCGAGUUGACAUAAGUCAAUCCAGAAUCCUGAAGGCUAUUUUAGGAUGAAGAGACAAUCUUGCAAGAGUCGACCAACGAUGGAGCACAUACUGGAGAAGUUUUUCUUUGCUACAUAUGCAUCAAGCUGUUUUGAUCAUGCUUGUAUUUUGUGUUGAAUUCAUCCCAUUUUUCAUUAUGCUUCAUCUUUCUGCGGCUAGGCAUUAGUUUAGGUUAUUUUUAUUAUUAUUAUUAUUUGUACUCUAUGUUGAAAAUAAAAUAGCAAAAAUUUGAAUGUAUUAAAGAAAUGAACAGAGCACAAUAGCUUUUGUAAAGACCUGAAAUAGAUAGUGCUUACACAUGUUGAGAUAUA